ACUAGGGGCAUUUGUUAGGGGUGGGGCUUCGGCGGGUGCUACCCCAGAGUCGUUGGUGCCCGGCGUAACGGGCGUUGUAGCCGAGCCUUUCCUCUCAGGAGCAUAGUCGUGGCCAUGAAGGAAGAGAAAGAUCAUAGGCCUAAGGAGAAGAGAGUGACCCUGCUAAUGCCCCAGGGAGCCACAGGCAGUAGCGCUGGGGCUAUGGCGGAAGGCGCCAGAGGGGAAGAUAAGCAGGAUCGCAACAAGGACAAGAAAGACUCUUUGAGCAAGGUGGUAAUUCGAAGAUUACCUCCCACUUUGACCAAGGAGCAGCUUCAGGAACAUCUUCAACCUAUGCCUGAGCAUGAUUAUUUUGAGUUUUUUUCUAAUGAUACUAGUCUCUAUCCUCAUAUGUAUGCCAGAGCAUAUAUCAACUUUAAAAACCAAGAGGACAUUCUUUUAUUCAGGGACCGAUUUGAUGGCUAUGUAUUCCUUGACAAUAAAGGUCAGGAAUAUCAUGCUAUAGUGGAAUUUGCACCGUUUCAAAAAGCUGCAAAAAAGAAGAUUAAGAAAAGAGAUACCAAAGUUGGGACUAUCGAAGAUGAUCCAGAAUAUAGAAAAUUUUUGGAGAGUUAUGCUACAGACAAUGAGAAAAUGACAUCUACUCCAGAGACACUACUAGAGGAAAUAGAAGCCAAAAAUAGAGAAUUAAUAGCUAAAAGGACAACCCCACUUUUGAGCUUCCUGAAAAACAAGCAGAGAUUGAGAGACGAAAAGAGGGAAGAAAGAAGGAGGCGAGAAAUAGAAAGGAAAAGACAGAGAGAAGAAGAGAGAAGAAAAUGGAAAGAAGAAGAAAAACGAAAAAGGAAAGAUUUAGAAAAACUAAAGAAGAUAGAGAAAGUUCCGGAAAGGGAAAAAGUAAAAGAUGAACCGAAGAUUAAGGUACACAGGUUUCUGUUACAAGCUGUGAAUCAGAAAAAUCUGCUGAAGAAACCAGAAAAAGGAGAAGAGAAAGAACUAGAUAAAAGAGAAAAAGCCAAGAAACUGGACAAAGAAAAUCUGAAUGAAGAAAGAGCCAGUGGGCAAAGUUGUACUCUACCUAAGCGAUCUGAUGUUGAACUGAAGGAUGAAAAGCCAAAGAGGCUUGAAGAUGAGAUUAUCAGAGAAUACAGGGAGAGGGACCGGGAUUAUGAACGAGACCAGGAGCGCAUACUCCGGGAAAGAGAGAGGCUGAGGCGCCAAGAGGAGGAACGCCGGAGGCAGCAGCAGAAGGAGCGCUAUGAGAAAGAGAAAGCCUUUAAAAGAAAGGAAGAAGAACUAAAGAGAGAGAGAGAAGGAAUCCGAGAUAAAGGAAAGAGGAACGAAAUUACAGAAUCAAUAAGCACCUUAGAAAGAACUGAAAAGAAAGACGACGCGAUGAAGAGAGAUCGCAUAAGAAACAAGGAUCGUCCAGCAAUGCAGCUUUACCAACCAGGAGUUCGAAGCCGAAAUCGACUCUGUCCCCCUGAUGACUGCUUCAAGUCUGGAGAUUCGGCAGUAGACAAAAAGCAGGAAAGUGGUAUUAGCCAUAGAAAAGAAGGAGGAGAGGAGUGAUAAGUCCACAUGGCCAUAGGUGUCCUGACUGUCCAGGCAGCCAAAGAGCACGUAUUAAGCUAUCCAGAAGUGCCUUCAGGGCAUAGGAACAGAGAGCAAGGAAGGGGGUCGCUGUGCUGGUGGGAUACACUGCAGAGGAGUAUGUCAAAGCAGGAAUCAGAAUGCAGGCUCAGAAUUGGAAGCACAAUGCCACUGUUUAUGCCGUUUCUACAAGUUAAUUUUAAUGUCUCAGAAAAAGAUGAUGGCAAGAACAUUGCAGCAGAUGAAAAAUGCCAAGUAAGGACUUACUUUUGUAUCACACAAGAAAAAAAGAGCUUGUUCUAAAAACCAACAGGUGUUCUUAAUCCUGGCUUGAAUUUUCUUAGUCUGAAUGGAACAGAAUUACUUUGAAGUCUUGUUCGGAUCUAACUACUUUGCAUUGUUGAUGAUGUCUGUUGACUUUCUGUGUAGUGUAGAAACAGCAAGCAUGUAAUUGUAGUCCAUGUAGAGUAGAGGAUUGAACAAGCUUUGGUUGAUGCAAAAAAAAAAAAAAAAAGAAAUAGUCACGUUACAUCUAUAUCCUGUGUCUGAAAUUUUUAUAAUUAGAGGUUGCUUUGUUUACUUAUGUGAACUUUGCAUCAGUAAUAUUUGUAGACAUCUCAUUUUGCCUUUAGCAUUUUUAUAUUCGUAGGUAAAAUGUAGUCCUUGAUCAGCUGCUGACAAUCCAGUCUUUGUUUUAUCUUAGGUGUCAUGAUUUGAGUGCAUACCCUCUCCAAGAAGGAAACUACGCCAAUGUCUGUUCCUGUUAAUUGGCAGCUUUUCCAGUCUUAGCUCAUUUGUAAUGCUUUCAAUAAAUUUCAACUUCACUCAAGUAUGAACUUUAA